UAAAGGAUACGUAGACAGGAGCCCAGCCAAGUGGCCGUGAAUAAUCGUGUUUUCCGAAAAAGACCGAGGUCUAAGGGGAGGUAAUAGAAACAAGAACGAAAACUAAGACUUUCACCUGAGAGUCUGUUGACAGAGAAAACAAUGGCAAGGUUCUUUGAUCAACAGAAGAUUGACGAAUUUAAGGAGUGUUUCUACUUCCAUGCACGGAAAGGCUUCAUCCAGCAGGAGGGAGACUUGAACAUCAUCAUGCGAUCCCUGGCCUAUAGUCCUACCCGACAGGAAGUCCACAAGUAUUAUGUGAAAUGUGCAUCUAAAGAUCCUAAUACUCAAGGCCGGAUCGACUUUGCCUCCUUCCUGGACGUGAUGCAUGAGCACAGUGAGGUGGAGAACUGUGAGAAGGAGAUGCUGCAGGGAUUCCGAGCACAGGAUGAAGGCAAGAGGGGAACCGUGUCUGCCACAGAAAUGAGGCAUAUCCUCAUGAGCAUGGGAGAAAAGCUGAGCAGGAAUGAAGUGGACAGCCUCUUCCAGGAGAAUGGCUUGAACCCACGCGGUGAGGUGCAGUACCAGCAGUUUGUAGAUGCUAUAAUAACACCAUCACCGGACUACUAGACUUCUUCACAGCAGCUGUGGCAGCCAUGGCCACUUUAGUAGCAGAUUGUCUGUUUUUUGAAAUCACAAGAAAGACCUCUGAAGGGGACUAACAUGAACAGUGAUCAUUCAGAGAUGAUUCAUUGCAGCUUAUCCUGGCUUACAUUCCACAGUGUGGCAUCACUUGAUCAAUCCAUAGAUAAAGGUUGUGAACAUUUAUCAUUGUAUUUCAAACACAACAUUGAAGUUUCUUAUGUCUGGUUCUACAUAAGUCCACUGUAUAUUGAUCAUGAUAAUAGUUAGGGUGCAGGUCCACAUCUAGGGUGGAGGGUCGACGUCAAACUGUGUGUAAUUCAUUAACAUCGUUCCAUUAAACAGCAUAGCUAAAUCUAUGUAGUGUAUGAUAAGUGUCCUCAUCUUAUGUGAUGUAUCUUCAUUAAAUCUAUCAAUCUAUGCAAUGCCA